AGAAGAAGAAAAAAAACCCCCAAAAAGUCUGCAGCGUACGUUCCUGAGGAGCUGAAAGAAGCAACCUUGAUGGACGAAGAUGUUGAAGGUGAUGACUCUGCAGUUGAGGAGGAACCUGCAGUCAAGUACAUGUGCCAGGACAAAGACUUCCUUAUCAAGGAGCGGCCGGCUUUUCGUGACUCCCCCGCCGCUGACCUCUCUGGCCAUGACAUGGACAGCGAAUCCCACCUGAGUGAGUCCAGCGACCGCAUGUCGGACUUCGAGAGUGCCUCCGUAAAGAACGAGGAUGAUGGCCCUGCCAAGGAACCUCUAACGUCACUCUCGUCCACAUCAUCCAUGAUGAUGACAUCUACAGCGACUCCAGGCGGUGAAGAACCAAAUCCGUCUGGCCCGGACAGCCUAGAGCAGAUGAAGGCCAUUUACACCAGCUUCCUUACCAACUCUUACUGGUCGUCCUUGAACCUGAACCUCACCCAGCCAUCUGCUGAGAAGCCUCCACGUAGCCACAGCAGUAGCAGCAGCAGCAGUAGCAGCAGCAGUAGCAGUUGUGGCAGUGGUGGCUAUGACUGGCACCAGUCUGCUGUCGCUAAGACACUACAGCAAGCAUCACAGAACCAGAAUAGAAUAUUACAUCCAGCAGCUGAGCCUAAUCUUUUCAGCACUGUGCAGCUGUACCGACAGAGCUCCAAGCUAUACGGCUCCAUCUUCACUGGUGCCAGCAAGUUCCGCUGCAAGGACUGCAGUGCAGCCUAUGACACACUUGUAGAGCUUACUGUUCACAUGAACGAAACAGGCCACUACCGCGAUGACAACCAUGAGACGGACAGCGAAGGUACCAAGCGGUGGUCCAAGCCACGCAAGCGUUCUUUACUUGAGAUGGAAGGCAAAGAGGAUGCUCAAAAAGUCCUUAAGUGCAUGUACUGUGGCCACUCCUUUGAGUCACUGCAAGACCUCAGUGUCCACAUGAUCAAGACAAAACACUACCAGAAAGUGCCUCUCAAGGAACCUGUGACCCCUGUAGCAGCUAAAAUCAUCUCUUCUGCUCGUAAGAGAGCACCCAUUGAGCUGGACCUACCCAGUUCUCCAGAUUCCAAUGGUGGCACACCAAAGCCCUCCCUAUCAGACCCCAGUGACCUUCUCCCGAAGACUCCCAAUCCCUACAUCACUCCAAAUAACCGCUAUGGGCACCAGAAUGGUGCAAGCUAUGCGUGGCAGUUCGAGUCCAGGAAAUCACAGAUACUGAAAUGCAUGGAAUGUGGGAGCUCCCAUGACACACUGCAGGAGCUCACAGCACACAUGAUGGUCACAGGCCACUUCAUCAAGGUCACCAACUCUGCCAUUAAAAAAGGCAAACCUGUCAUGGAAUCUUCCCCUACUCCUGCUCCAACAAACCUUGCCUCUGUGGAGGAGAAGGUGCAGUCUGUACCACUCGCUGCUACAGCAUUUUCACCUCCACCUCCUGCUCCUCCUCCACCAAGCAUCUCUCCAGCCAUCACCAUGGAGGUCAAGAAGGAGGAGAAAGAAGAGGAGUGCACUAAGGAAACCACUAACAACCACAAAGACAAGACAAAAACAAUUGAAGAUGAAGCAGAAGAGAAGUUUGACAUCUCCUCUAAGUACCCCUACUUAACAGAAGAGGAUCUGGAGGAGAGUCCUAAGGGUGGGUUAGAUAUCCUCAAAUCCUUAGAGAACACUGUAACUUCUGCAAUCAAUAAAGCACAGAAUGGUGCACCAAGCUGGGGAGGCUAUCCAAGCAUCCAUGCUGCCUAUCAGCUGCCCAACAUCAUGAAGCUUUCCCUGCGUAACUCUGGAAAGAGCUCCCCACUGAAGUAUAUGUUCUCUGGUGAAGACAUCAUGUCCCCAGGCAAAAACCAACCUCUGGUCUCUCCUCCUAGCUGCCAGACUUCACCCUUACCUAAAAACAACUUCCAUGCUAUGGAGGAAUUGGUCAAGAAAGUGACAGAAAAAGUGGCCAAAGUAGAGGAAAAGAUGAGAGAACCUGGAGUCAGGGCAUCUCCUCUUAGAAGAACCACACCCUCUCCUUGUAGCAGUGAGGCUGGGGACUCAACUCGAGGAGAGUCUCCCAAAGAGAGGAAAGGAGCUAAAACCCCAGAGAGCAAUGGAGCAACCAGCAGCCACAAAGACUCUAAUGGUGAAACUCUCACAAAAGAGUCUCUAGAGAAUGGGACUGAUCAUGUGGUCAAAGCCCCUGUUUCAUCUCUCUGUGGUAGCACCACCAUCAUAACGGAUCAUCCCCCAGAGCAGCCCUUUGUCAACCCUCUGAGUGCACUUCAGUCGGUGAUGAAUGUUCAUCUGGGUAAAGCUGCGAAGCCAGCCCUGCCAUCUCUUGAUCCGAUGAGUAUGCUCUUUAAAAUGUCCAACAGCCUGGCAGAGAAGGCUGCUGUUGCUGCCUCCACUCCAGCACAAACCAAAAAGACCAAUGAGCACCUGGAUCGCUACUUUUACCACAUCAAUAAUGACCAACCCAUUGACCUGACCAAAGGCAAAAGUGACAAGACCAGCUCCCUGGGAUCAGCUGGCCUGUCCUCAUCCACCACAUCUACUCCAUCAUCUAUAUCACCCCCAUCCACCAUCACCAUGACCAAGGCUUCAUCUGCUGUUGCGUCUUUCAUGUCCAACUCACCCUUACGUGAAAAUGCCCUGUCAGACAUCUCAGACAUGCUACGAAACCUAACAGAGAGCCAUGCCUCCAAGUCCUCGACACCAAACAGUCUGUCAGAGCGCUCUGACAUUGAAGGCACCACGCCGGAAGAUUCCGAAGAAAUUUCACCAGCCCAAAAGCGAAAAGGCCGACAGUCCAACUGGAACCCCCAGCACUUGCUCAUCCUACAGGCGCAAUUUGCUGCCAGCUUGCGGCAAACAGGUGAUGGAAAGUACAUCAUGUCUGACCUCAGCCCGCAGGAGCGAAUGCACAUCUCCCGCUUCACCGGCCUCUCCAUGACAACCAUCAGCCACUGGUUGGCCAACGUCAAGUAUCAGUUGCGGCGGACAGGCGGUACUAAGUUUCUGAAGAACCUCGACUCUGGACAUCCGGUGUUCUUCUGCAGUGACUGUGCCUCGCAAAUUCGAGCGCCAUCAACAUAUGUCAGCCAUCUUGAGUCACAUCUGGGCUUCCGACUUAGGGACUUAGCCAAGCUGUCAGGAGAGCAGCUAGCUAGUCAGAUCUCUAGCCAUACCAAGGGCCUCUCUGAGAAACUGCUCUCAGCCCACUCACUGUCUCACCAACUUCCCAACCCAAGCCCACACGUGCACUCCCCAUCACCUUCGCCUGACGAGGAGGGCAGUGGCACUUCAUACCAGUGUAAAUUGUGUAACCGGACUUUUGCCAGCAAGCAUGCCGUUAAGCUCCAUCUUAGCAAGACCCAUGGCAAAUCCCCUGAGGACCACCUAAUGUAUGUUUGCGAACUAGAGAAACAGUAG